UUAACGGAACUGUGGGGGCAACAGCGAGCGGAGCUACCGUCAACCAGCGUGUAAAGUGCAACAGAAUGAAAGCUGUCCAUUAACUCUGCAUUUUCACUGCCGCGCAGACACGGGGAUACGUUGUCAGAUAAGCCAUUAUCUUGUCAUUUUUCUGCCUGGAGAGAUCCGCCGGGAUAAGCUGACAGCCGUCGGGCCUCGUCGUCGCGGCCCAGCAGGACUCGAGUGAAGUUGAGAGCGGACUGCCAAACUUCUGCUUCCUCCAGCAGCUCUCCGCAGGGCCCGGGGCUCCUGUCACCGGCCCUGUGGAUGAGGAAGUGAGAACGAAUCUAAUCAGCCCCCCAGGAGAAAGGAAUCCCUUUGAUGGGAGAAUCCUCUUUCCUGGCCUCCUGGGUCAAUCGCCGUGCCACGAUGAUGGAUGAGCAGGAGGCGCUGAACUCAAUCAUGCAGGACUUGGCCGAACUGCACCGCUCUAGCCGUCCUGCCAUGUUCCUGUCGGACCUGGGCAAACCCAAAGCCUCCUCGCCCAAGAACCAGAAUGACGUCAGGGUGAAGUUCGAGUUCAAAGGGGAGAAGAGGAUUUUGCAGUUCCCUCGACCUGUCAAGCUGGAGGACCUGAGGUCAAAAGCUAAAGUGGCUUUCGGUCAGACAAUGGACCUCCACUACACCAACAAUGAGUUGGUGAUUCCACUGACCACUCAGGACGACCUGGACAAGGCCGUGGAGCUGCUGGAUCGCAGUGUUCACAUGAAGAGCCUGAAGAUCCUCCUGGUGCUCCAGGUGUCCUCUCAGAACUCUUCCUCCAAUAUGGACCUCUUACCGUCCCACGAGGAGCUGGACAACACGGGAUUCAGGGUCACUGACAAGAAGAGUAUGCUGGCUUUGAUAGGCUCCCAUUCAACGGAUCGCAGCUCUCCUCCUCCAGGAUACAUUCCCGAUGCUCUCCAGCAGGUGGCGAGGAACGGCUCCUUCACCAGCAUCAACAGCGAGGGAGAGUUCAUUCCUGAGAGCAUGGACCAGAUGUUGGACCCACUGUCCAUGAGCAGCCCGGAGAACUCAGCAUCUGGAAGUUGUCCCUCUUUAGACAGUCCACUGGACAGUGACUACCCAAAGUCCAGGAUGCCUAGAGCCCAGAGUUACCCAGAUAACCACCAGGACUUUCCAGAGUAUGAUAUCCCGGUGUUUGAGAAGUCGGGGAAAGGGGGAACGUAUCCUCGGCGAUAUGGCAUUCCCUUUGGCCUUCAAGACUAUAGUGAUGGGAGGAAGACCUUCCCUCGAGCUCGGCGAACGCAGGUCCACGGCUUCCGCUCACCGGUCAGCUUCAGUCCGACCGAGCAGUCGCCCAGCACCAGCAGCGGCAGCAGUGUCUUCACCCCUGACCUGGAGGAGGCCCCGGGACCUGCCAGAAGGCCCCGAAGGGGCAGCGACAUUGAGCCCAAUCCCAAUCCGACUACUGCUCCCACCCUCUCCGUCAUGGACAUCAGUCCGCCCAGCCGCUCUCCACGUGCUCCGACCAACUGGCGGCUGGGAAAGCUGCUGGGUCAGGGUGCCUUCGGACGGGUUUUCCUCUGUUACGAUGCAGAUACUGGACGGGAACUGGCAGUCAAACAAGUCCAGUUUGACCCGGAGAGUCCUGAGACCAGCAAGGAGGUGAGCGCGUUGGAGUGUGAAAUCCAGCUUCUGAAGAACUUGUGCCAUGAGCGGAUUGUGCAGUACUACGGCUGUCUGCGAGACACGAUGGAGCGGACGCUCUCCAUUUUCAUGGAGUACAUGCCUGGCGGUUCCAUUAAGGACCAGCUGAAGUCGUAUGGAGCGCUGACGGAAAACGUGACGCGCCGCUACACCCGGCAGAUCCUGGAAGGGGUUUCCUACCUGCACAGCAACAUGAUCGUUCACAGGGACAUCAAAGGAGCCAACAUCCUCCGUGACUCGGUGGGUAACGUGAAGCUGGGAGACUUCGGGGCCAGCCGGCGGCUGCAGACCAUCUGCCUGUCAGGAACAGGCAUCAAGUCUGUGACUGGCACUCCGUACUGGAUGAGCCCGGAAGUGAUCAGUGGAGAGGGCUACGGCAGGAAGGCCGACAUCUGGAGCGUUGGCUGCACCGUUGUGGAGAUGCUGACCCAACGACCUCCAUGGGCAGAGUUUGAGGCCAUGGCAGCCAUCUUUAAGAUUGCCACCCAGCCUACUAACCCGGUUCUCCCCGCCCACGUGUCGGACCACUGCCGAGAGUUUCUCAAACGGAUCUUUGUGGAGACCAAGCAGCGUCCGUCUGCUGAUGAGCUACUGAGGCACAUCUUUGUACAUUAACCCGACCCCUGAACCUUUAAACCCCCACCUGCCUGCCGAACUGCCAGAUACGGCCUUACCUGAUGGGGCGUCCCUGCCUCUGACCCCGCUCCCUCCACCUCCAAGCUGAAACCACAUUAGACCAGGAAGAACUGGCUGGAUGAAGGUGAGGUGUGUCGGCGGAGGGUGGCGCGUACCUGCUCCUCCUGUCUCUGUUUGUAUGAGACUGCCAUAGAGGACAUGAAUUCUUCUUUCAUUUCUCUCCUCAAGUUGCACCUUAAUUUGUCAGAACGGAGGGGCUGAGCACUUCCUCCUGAAGCGUUGUAAAACGACUAUUUGAAAAUGUCUCCUUUUUUAUGUUUGUACGGCGUCUCUCUUCAAACGUUUUGGAGUGGGAUAGUGUUGGUGUUGUGGACCUACAGGAGGUGCCUGACUCUCGAGUGGCUCUGCUCCCCCAUCUCGCUGACCCGACCCCAGAAUGUAGUUUCCUGCCAAAACCCAGAGCGAUGGUGGUGACCUGUGCCCGCUGCUAUAGACAGAACUAAAUCCCUGAUGCAGAGAACACUCCCCAAGAACAGUUUCCACUCACCUUCUGGUCUGGUCUCUCAGAUGAAAUGUUUUGUCUCUGCUUUACUGUCUGUAAACUACCUUCCCUCCUCCCUUUCUCCCCCAUCUUCGUUCUUUGCCGUGUGCCUUUUCUGUUUUUGAACGCAGUGUAGGAGUGAGUCUUGAGUUUGUGGAUAAUCUCCGUUGUUCUUAGUUGCAAUAGUUCUCAGUGUUGUUUUGCCUCCUGGGUGAACUGCCUUCGCCCCGUUAGCCCAAAUCCAGCUGGUCUCAGCUCAGCUAAUGUCCGGUUCUGCCUUUUCUGUAUCAGACUCCAGCUCAGCUCAUUUUGGUUUGUUUACCUGGAAACCAAAUACCCAGAGUUCAGAGUUUUUGCUUGAGAAACUUGCCGUGCUGGUUUAAUAGUGAAAUGUUUACCAACCGGUACUGAGACGAGGACUGGCUCUUCUGCUUCCGUCUUUAGAGACGGGAACGGGAUCCAGAUGUGUCCAUUGUUUCUCUUCUAAUGCAGCCUUUUCUCUACGUGAAGCACUGAGAUCAAAGGUCGGCGUUUGAAGAGCACUGAUGCUGCGAGGCAGGAAGCUCACAGUUGAUUGGCCAGAUCUGGCUGUAUGACGCUGUCCCUCUGUUGUCAGCUUUAUCGCUCAGUAGAUUUCCGACUGUGUGUGUGAGGUGCAGAGCUGUAAGCUGCUCAUCGUUUAACCAACAGGUACAUUUACAGCUGAAAUGUCUCUUCAUGCUCCGCUGCUGCUGCAGUCGGUACCUUUAUGUUCUCCAGCCAAGGCAACACUGAGCCGUAUCAGAGCACCUUACUGCGUCAGAUGUCUGGUGUCGUGUUCUCACAGGAAGUCGUUUACAGUUUGUCACAGAGCUUCGUCGACCGCGGCCUCUGUCUUUGCCAAAUCAGAUGCAUCAACGUUAACUCGUCACUUUAGCCAAACCACAGCGUGCGUCUCCUCGGGCCGAGCUUCAGCAAUGUCUGCCUGUUGAAUGUGACUGAUGACGUAGAGCUCGUUCGUCGCGUUGGCUCCAUGACUAUGCACCAGUAAGCUGCAGGAUUAAACCAGUUCUCGACAACCGGUGACACCUCGGCUGAUGUUGGCCGUCGUCAGUCUGAUUAUUAAACAGAUCCAUGUAGAAAAAUGUCUUUAAACCGCUUCAAUGUUUUGAUGUUAAUCAGACACAGAAUGAUCAGACGCUUAUUAAAGGUGCAGUCAGUAAUAUUUCAGUGGCUCUUCACACAAAUUACCUGGAAAAUGUUGCUGGAUUUUUUUUAGCAGAUUCACUUACUCCUCCUUUACUUCCCACCAUGCACUCUGCUCCUGGUUUAUUUUCUCCAAAACCUUCGUGAAGCACACUGAACCUUUACCCAGCCACUCCGUGGUAAACGUCUGCCCAUUUCCACAAGCUUCUUCACUUGUUGCUAACGUUACUGGCACCGCCUCGUUUGAUUUGUCUUUUAUUACCUGCCAGUAUGAAAUGUAAUCUUGGUGGGUUUUGAUACGCACAUGUCGCUGUGAUGCUCUGUAGAAUCUACAAACAAAAACGUGUGGGCUCAUGGAAGAAAACAUGCAUAUGCAGAUGUUGCAGUAAUUUUACUGGUAGCACCUUUUAAAGGCGGGUUUGAAAGCAGUAGCUUCUCCUUGGCCUUGCUCAUCCUCUGCUCAUCAAGUCUUGACUCAUGCAGGACCAGUCAGGGGGUGAUUCAGAGGCCCUGACCAGGAAACACACUCUCAGCCUUUAUCACAGUUCCAGAUUUUCCCUGAAGGCACUUAAACACGUCUCUGUGGUAGAUUUUCAGCUGCGGUCGUGUGUCUGUGUUAGGUUGACACAGGUUGUGGAAACAGAAACGAACUUCCUCCACUCACAUUAUGCAUUUUUUUUAAACUGCCCCAAACAAAGCUCCUGAAAAGAGGAAAUCGUGAUGGAAUAUUUGCGAAUCAGCGUCCUGUCACAUAAACAGAAGUGGCUGUAUUGAGUUUGAGGUGGCGUUGAGUAAACUGUCUGGCACAGAUGGAGAUUUGGUCGGAAAUGCCGCCAGCACUGGUAAAACUUUGAUACGCACUACCAUGAUGCACUAUGGCUUAUUCACUGAUGCUUUUUCACGAUUCCUCGUCAGCUGUCGCUCGUGCAGCUCGGUUCAGCGACCUUUUCUUUGCACAUUUUAAAGACUAUUUUUUAUUUUUACACGAGUGAGUGUGUGUGUGUGUGUGUGUGUGUGUGUGUGUGUGUGUGUGUGUGUGUGUGUGUGUGUGUGUGUGUGUGUGUUGAUGGUUCAGUUAGCGAUGACCUGUACAUGAAUGUCAUUUUUACCGUCAGAUGGCCUCGUUCACCACAGUGGAUUAACUCUUCGGUACCAGUAUUCGCCACCUGCAAACGCCAAGAUACACCUGUAGUUCUCUCUUUAGUGUCUAAAGCCACUGCUGCCACUCCUGGAUGUGUGUGUGUGUGUAAUUUGUAUGAGUGUGUGUGUGCGAGUUUGUAAACGUGCAUUUACUGCGAUUUGUGCUCAUUGGACACUGCGCCCAAAAUGCCUUGAGCAUUCUGACUGUAGGGGGUGAGAACAUUAAAAUAAUAAUUAAAAUAAAAUAAAAAUAAAAAAAAAAUCAUGUACAAAUGUAUAAAAUGAAAAUGUACCCUUUUU